AUGGCGUCCACCUUACUGAUACUGUCCUUCCCGUGGCCCGCGCAUCCUGCAUGGCUCCGGAGGUGCUGGAAGAUGCUGCAGCAGCUGCAACAGAGCUGGAAUGGGGUUUCCAGUCAGUGGGCACCAGCAUUAGCAGUCCAGGGUCCACCCAUACUCACAGAACUAGAACAUGAUACCAGUGGAAAUAAAGAGGAGUCCAGCUCUUUAGAUAGUAUCUUUUGCAUGGCAGCCCCCAAAAAGAGACACACCAUUGAAGUUAACCAGUGUAGGAGAAGAAACCCCCGGAAGCUUAGUGCAAUUAAGAACAAUAUGGACAUGUGCCCUGAAUGUGGUCACCUGAAGCAGAAGCAUGUCCUUUGUGGCUAUUGCUAUGAGAAAGUACACAAGGAAACAACAAAAAUCAGACAACAAAUAUGGGCUCAAGAAGGGGGCCCCUUUAAAGCUCCCACUGUAGAGACUGUGGUGCUGUACACAGGAGAGAAACCAUCGGAGCAAGAUCAGGGCAGGAGGCCAUCUUGGUUCACCCAGAAUUGA